AUGGCUGACGACUACGGAAGCAUGGAGGACAAUGCUGGUGAUAUGAAUACCAAAUUUGGGCUGCGAUUGCGUGGGCGCAAAGGAGCUUUGAAAAAGAAGAACGUCUAUAACGUCAAAGAUCACAAAUUUAUACCAAGAUUCUUUAAGCAACCGACUUUCUGUAGCCAUUGCAAGGACUUCAUAUGGGGUUUUGGAAAACAAGGAUUUCAAUGUCAAGUAUGCAGUUUUGUUGUGCACAAACGUUGUCAUGAAUUUGUUUCUUUUACUUGCCCCGGAGCCGACAAGGGACCUGAUUCUGAUUCUUCCAGGACCAAACACAGGUUCAAAGUGCAUACCUACGCUAGCCCGGCAUUUUGCGACCAUUGUGGCUCAUUAUUGUACGGUAUCAUACAUCAGGGAAUGAAAUGCGAAGCAUGUGAUAUGAAUGUACAUAAGCGGUGCCAGGAGAGUGUUCCGAAUUUAUGCGGUUGCGAUCAUACUGAACGACGAGGACGAAUAGAAGUGAAAGCCACGUGCCACGGAACGAAACUUAUCAUCGAAAUUCGUCAAGGAAAAAAUCUCAUUCCAAUGGAUCCUAAUGGGUCAUCAGACCCUUAUGUAAAGUUGAAGCUUAUACCAGAUACAGACAACAUAAAGAAGAAAACCAAGACAAUCAAAUCGUCGUUAAAUCCYGUAUGGAAUGAAACAAUUACGUUUGAGCUGAAGCCUGAAGAUAAAGAUCGCAGACUAUUGAUUGAGGUUUGGGAUUGGGACAGGACGUCCAGAAACGAUUUCAUGGGAUCUUUGUCAUUUGGAAUUUCGGAACUAAUCAAAAUGCCGGUAGAAGGUUGGUUCAAGUUAUUGACUCAAGAAGAAGGAGAAUUCUAUAAUGUGCCCGUGCCUGAAGAAGGUGCUGAUUUAGCUGCACUAAAAUAUCAAAUGCGGGGCUCAAAAACGCAAAGUCGAAAUUUGAAGACAUCAUUAACCAGCAGAAAACCAAUGGUGCCUGACAAGGAUGUACCUCAUAAUAUGGGGAAAAAAGAUGUAAUUAGGGCAUCAGAUUUCAACUUUUUACAAGUACUUGGAAAAGGCAGUUUUGGAAAAGUAAUGUUAGCUGAGCGUAAGGGAACCGAUGAAUUGUAUGCGAUAAAAAUUUUGAAAAAAGAUAUAAUUAUUCAAGAUGAUGAUGUUGAAUGCACCAUGGUGGAAAAACGUGUAUUAGCGUUGUCUAGUAAACCACCGUUUCUUGUACAAUUACAUUCCUGUUUUCAGACUAUGGAUCGUCUAUAUUUCGUGAUGGAGUAUAUAAAUGGCGGUGAUUUAAUGUUUCAAAUCCAACAAUGUGGAAAAUUUAAAGAGCCUGUCGCCGUAUUUUAUUCCGCAGAAAUAGCGAUCGGGCUUUUUUAUUUACAUCUCAAUGGCAUCAUAUACCGAGACUUAAAAUUGGACAACGUACUAUUGGAUCAGGACGGUCACAUAAAAAUCGCUGAUUUCGGUAUGUGCAAAGAAGGCAUUAUGGGCGAUAAGACUACAAAGACAUUUUGCGGAACACCGGAUUAUAUUGCCCCAGAGAUAAUUUUAUAUCAACCAUAUGGCAAGUCUGUUGAUUGGUGGGCUUACGGUGUUCUCUUGUAUGAAAUGUUAGUCGGACAGCCACCAUUUGACGGAGAAGACGAAGAAGAACUGUUUGCGGCCAUCACUGAUCACAGCGUCAGCUACCCCAAAGGAAUGUCAAAAGAAGCCAAAGAAAUAUGCAAAGGGUUUUUGACUAAAAAUCCAAUGAAAAGAUUGGGAGGAGGUCCCAGGGGUGAGGAAGACAUUCGGGGACAUGUAUUUUUCAGACGUAUCGAUUGGGCAAAAAUUGAAAACCGCGAAGUGCAACCGCCGUUUAAACCAAAAAUCAAACACCGUAAGGACGUGAGCAAUUUCGAUAAGCAAUUCACUGGUGAAAAAACAGAUCUUACCCCCACUGAUAAACUGUUCAUGAUGAAUCUAGACCAAACAGAGUUCAUGGGUUUCUCAUUUCUCAACCCAGAAUUCAUUCAGCAUGUAUAAUUUAUUUAUCUCCUUUAUAAGUAUCCUUUUUUUCAAUUUUAUUACAGGGUUUUCCUUUACACUCCUUCGCUGUUAUCCUCUCCCGUCUUUGUCUACCGAUUCCGAAUUCACUAUAGUCAAUUGGACAUUACACAAUACCCAUCGAAUUUCUUUCAGUGUUUUUAACUGAUAUACUUUUUGACCAUUAUCCCUGAUCACGUUAUCAAAACAAAAAAAACAAAAAACAUACUUUUUCUGUUUCGCUAUUCAGUAUUAUACUAGUAGUAUUAUUAAUACUAUUUCUAUUGUGCCGGUCCUUAUUAUCAUGAUUAAACUAAUUUACAUAAGUAGUACAUGACAUUUCUGCGGAACGUACUCCGAAUGUCUAACCUUAGUCGUCAUACCAUAAACAGUAUUUUCUAAUGUAAGUUUAGAGUAUUAUCAUAUAUUUCGUAGUAGUGAUGAGGAAUAAUGAGUCGGCAAACGUCCGUAUUUCARAACAUGAGUGCUGUACGCAUUUUAAUUUUACGUGGCACCUUAAGGACGUUAAACAACAUCGUUCUAUGAAAUAGGAUACAAUUGGGACCAUUACRCCUAUUGAUAUGAUGUGUGGCUUUAAUUGUUUUACAUAGUUUUAAUCCAAAGUGAAGUAGUUAAUAGAAAUACAUUUGAAAUUCUGAAAAGAAAAUUAAAAA